AGACAGGCAAGUCGGAACACGGAACUUAAGCCGCGGGUGAAGGCUCCACCCUUGGUGCGCUCCGGCGCGCUCGCGGGUGCGCGGCUUCAUGGUUCCGUGUUGCUGGGACAGUCCUCCGCUACACAAGAAGUGCAAAUUCAAAUAUGCUCUUAGCUUUCCUAAUCCUGUACCAUAUCUCGGACUAUCCAUCUUUUCCGCGCAUCGGCUGAAAAUCGUAAAGUCCAUUACGUAGAAAGGAGGUACGGUGCCUUGCCUCAGAAUUGCUCCUGUUCACGUGGAUCGGACAUCGGGUAACAAGGGAGCCGACCCAAGCGUCGACAACACCGCCACAGUCUACAAACUCUAGCAAAAAUACACUUCUACGACCGUAGCUUAUUCCGCAGGAUCCCGGGUGUUGGUGUACAUACUAUGCUCACAGCACCCAUCCUUCGCCUGCCAGUAGAGCUUCAUUCGGAAAUCAUCAAACUCCUUGACAUCCGCGAUAGAGUCAACCUGGCUUCCACAUCCCGCUACUUCAGAUUCCUUAUUCCUGCGCCAACCCACAGCGAGCUUCUGGUCGCUGAGGACAGCGCAUGGGCAAAGUCGAGUCAGCUAUAUGCUUGUAAGGGUUGCCUGAAUUUCUGGAGCUGGGCUAGCUUUGAGGACAGUAUGAGGAAGGGGAAAUGGUGUCGCAGUGGGACGCUGGCGAGUUCAAGACUAUGUCUGAAAUGUGGGGUAAACAGUGCGCUGUAUACUCCGGGUGUGCAUCUCAGAGUUUGUAAUAGGGUACACGUACUCUGCGCUCAGUGUCGGCGACUAACUGAUCAGAUCGGUCGCCAUGGCAUGUGUACUGCAUGCUCUCCUGAUAUGCCGCGAGAUCACCAGUCUCAGUAUUUCGACGAUGAGGACGACUGGACCUACAUGAAAGACCGUAUGUCCGACUGCAAUCACAUGCAAGAAUUCAGUGACUGGCCUGAAGAAGAGCAUUUAUCCAGGUACUGAACUGUCCAAAGCCAGUUGUAUUGUUCAAUCUGCAUUGUCACAGAGGUGGUUAGAAACAACUACACUCUAUGCAGCAACUCAGAAUGAUGCCCAUUUCUCGUCGUCUUCGAACAUAAAUCCAUGGCACAGUACCGCCGUUUGAGCAUCGAAACUGUUGUACUAGUAGCGCUUCUUUUCAUUCGUACUUGUCACGGCCUUUCUUCACGCAUCGUUCGUCAAUCGCUUCGUCACUUUACACGUCAUGCGUAUCAUCAGAAUUCACAAUCGGUCGGUGGUUGUAAGCAAGAUGUGUAUAGGGCUUAAUUCCAGACAUUUAUAUUUCACAGAUAUUUGGCGAGAAAGUUUUGGAAAUCAGCUAUAUUUCAAAAAGAGUAUCCUAACUACAC